GUCCCCACGAUCUCUGCCUCGGAGACGCUCUAAGUCUUCACGAUCUCCACUUCGUAGACGUUCUAGGUCUCCACGAUCUUCACCUCGUAGACACUCUAGGUCUCCACGAUCUUCACCUCGUAGACGCUCUAGAUCUUCACGAUCACCACCUCGUAGACGUUCUAAAUCCCCACGAUCUUUGCCUCGUAGGCGUUCCAGAUCACCACGACCUUUGCCUCGUAGACGUUCUAGAUCUCCACAAUCUCUACCUCGCAGACGUUCUCGAUCGCGAACUCGCGUUGUGCGUUCACCUGUGCAUUCACCUGUUCGUUCACCCGUUCGCUCCCCUCCUCAAAAGCGUUCAAGGUCACGUUCUCGCGCCUCUGAAGAUUCGUCCUCCAAGGACGACAAAUCAUCAGUAGUAAAGCCUAAUUUCGAGCUAUCUGGCAAACUUGCCGCGGAGACCAACACGGUUAAUGGUGUUGUAUUGAAAUAUCAUGAGCCUUCUGAAGCAAGAAAACCAACAAAGAAAUGGAGAUUGUAUGUGUUUAAAGACACUGAACAGUUAGAUGUCCUUCAUGUUUAUCGCCAAAGUGCUUAUCUGCUAGGUCGUGAUAGGAAAGUUGCAGAUAUUCCAAUUGAUCACCCAUCUUGUUCCAGUCAACAUGCAGUUUUGCAAUUUCGACAAGUAUUUGUUACUGACGAAAAUACUGGAGAGAAGAAAGCUGAGGUCAAACCAUACAUAAUUGAUCUUGAAUCAACUAACCAUACAUUUGUAAAUAAAGAAGAAAUUCCGACCUCAAGAUAUGUGGAAUUACGUCCAUCAGAUGUGAUCAAAUUUGCAAGAAGUGCUUUCCCAACUCCGAAUCAAAUUUUACUAGCACAAAUAAUUUUGUAA